AAUGAAUCAAUAAAAUGGUCAUAACUACAGAGCCGUCUCUCUCUAUUAUUUCUUCUAUGAUGUCCGUGAGUAAGACUAAGAGAAGCAAACCAAAAAAAGGCAAAUUAAUAGUAUAUGUGGAUGUGUGCCUUCCAUUUUCUUGAGCAAAGCACAAACCUCUAGAAUGUUGAGCAUAGCCAUGCCUCUGUGUUCUUCAAAACUCCUAAUGAUCAGAGUCUCAGAGAGAGAAACCUAAGAACCAUAGAUAAUUGAAUUGUGUGCAAUGAAGUGCUUUUACUACUUCAAAGAUAAAUCCAGGUUCAGGAGACAAAGAUCAGCACCUGAACUGAAAGAGAAGGAGAAGCUCCAGUUUUCAGGGGCUGAUGAUAGAGACACCAAGUCUUCAUGUUCAACUGCCUCGGCUCGUGGUAUACCGGAACUAUACGAGGAGAAGGCUCACAAUUUACGGGCGUUCUCCUACAAGGAGCUCAGGCGUGCAACGAAUGAUUUCAGCAGGCUUCUUAAGAUUGGAGAAGGUGGGUUUGGAAGUGUGUAUCAAGGCUCAAUCAAGCCUGUUGAGGGGAAUGGUGAUCCUGUUCUUGUUGCCAUCAAAAGGCUCAAUAAGGAGGCAUUACAGGGUCAUAAGGAAUGGGUGACUGAAAUUCAGUUUCUUGGUGUUGUGGAGCACCCAAAUCUUGUGAAGCUUAUCGGAUACUGUGCUCUGGAUGAUGAAAGAGGUAUCCAGAGACUCCUUGUGUAUGAAUACAUGCCAAAUAAAAGCUUAGAUUCUCAUCUUUUCAAUAAAGCAUAUGAUCCUCUUCCUUGGAACACAAGACUUGAAGUAGCACUUGGAGCGGCUCAAGGAUUAUCGUAUCUGCAUGAAGGAUUAGAAGUUCAGGUGAUAUUUCGAGAUUUUAAAUGUUCAAAUGUACUACUGGAUGAAAAUUUUAUACCAAAACUUUCUGAUUUUGGACUUGCUAGGGAGGGACCAGUAGCUGGGAAUACUCAUGUUUCAACUGCCGUGAUGGGGACACAUGGUUAUGCUGCUCCGGAUUACAUUGAGACAGGCCAUCUCACUGCAAAGAGUGAUGUGUGGAGUUUUGGUGUAGUUCUUUAUGAGAUGCUUACUGGCAGGCGUUCAAUGGAAAGAAACAGACCCAAAAUGGAGCAGAAACUUUUGGAGUGGGUGAAGCAGUAUCCUCCUGAUAGCAAAAGAUUUGAUUUGAUAAUGGAUCCAAGACUUGAAGGACAAUAUUCCAUUAAUGUAGCAAAGAAAAUUGCCAAGCUAGCAGAUCAUUGCCUGUGCAAGAGUUCGAAAGAUCGGCCAACAAUGAGUCAGGUGGUAGAGAGAUUGAAGCAGAUAAUCAAUGAUUCUGAUGAAGAACACUCUGCAGAGCUAAGUGCUGAGAUGUCUGAAAAUGAUCCACUUGAGCCGGUGGAAAACCCAAAUCAAUCAACCUCUUCAGAAAUGUGGAGAAAGAGGAUGGAACAUCUUGCAAAACUCGGUGAGCGAGUGGAGAGUGCUAGUAGAAGAAGAUUUAUGAUCCUCCAGAGAGCCAAUGUGUCUUCAUAGUUUCAUCUCUAGCAAAACUACAUCUGCUUCAGUGUAACUGGGAACAAUGUCCAUUGAUGAUGAAUGAUAAGCAUUUGCAUGUGAUUGAUGUAUAGAGUGGUUUAGAGCACUAAAUUGUCAAUGAUGUUCCAUUUAUGGAGUGGACACAUAUUUUUGUUUGAUAUGAAUGGGAACUCAAUAUAUUAAUGGCUCGGGAGUUGGCCUUUAUGCAUUGCUAAUAUAGUAAAGUUAUUUUAUGGUA